ACGACGAUGAUGAUGUGUGUAGUAUAUAAGGCGGGCGACACUCUUCGAUGUUCAUCAGUUUGCUUUGUCAAUUGUAACCGCUCGUAACCAUGAAAUUUAUCGUCUGUUUGGCUGUUCUUGCCGUUGCUGGCACCAUCAGUGCUACCCCACUUUUGGGUGGCUUGAACUUGGGCAAAACACUCGGAGGUGUUGUAGGAUCAGUUAACAAUGUCGUCACCUCAGUUACCGAUAUUGUCAACAAUUUGUCAUGCACUCUUAAUGGAAUCGUUGCCAGCGUACAAGGAGUACUCGCCCAACUUAACGGUGUCGUUGAAAACGUUCUUGCCGUUGUCCAACAAUUGCUUGCUGCUAUCACCGCCGCUUUGGACCAAAUCGUUGCCCAAAUCCAAGGACUCACUCCACUCUGUGGUUGCGGUGGACUUACCGACGUUGUUGGUGGUCUCGUUGGCAAUGUUGGAACCACUCUUAACGAUGUUGUUGCCGCUGUUGGAGGAAUCCUUGACAACGUCAAUGGUGCUGUCGAUGACCUCGUUGCCCAACUCGAUGGUCUCCUCAACAACCUCCUUUGUGCCGUACAAGACCUUCUUGCCACAGUUGUAGCCGCCGUUGCCGAACUCCUCAGCCAAGUCAGCGCUGCCGUUGACCAAGCACUCGCUGAACUCCAAUUGGCCCUCCGAUCGGUCAUCCAAAUCGUUGACGAAACUUUGGCUGCUUUAUUGGCCCAGCUCCAAAACAGCGCACUCGGCUGUGCCUUGGGCGGACUUUUCGAUCAACUUUCCGGUGUUGUUAGCGAUCUUCUCGCUGAAGUCAACUGCCUUGCUGAUAACAUCAUCGAUAGCGUACAAGACGCUCUUGUCAGCCUUCAAGCUACUUUGAACGAAGUUCUUGCCACCCUUCAAGGUUCAUUGGGCAGUCUUGGACUCGAAUGCUCAUGCUAAUUCGAACAGCUACCGUAAAUUCACACGUAUGUCGACCACCGGCCACACUUAACUGAAAUUCGAGCUUAGUUUUUAGGAAAAAAAUGAAUAAAUAAAUCGCAAGAAAUAGAAUGAUGAUCAUUUAA